AUGUCUGUGGGCUCUACAUCUACAAUGAUGCUUCGACGCGCGCUGCGUGCUGGCCGGUUGACACCCGUCUCCGAGUCCUCCGCCCGAACCGUGAGGCCCCGGCCCGCCACUUUCACACCCUCGAGGACUGUGGCCAGCGCCGCUCGUCUUCCUACGAUCACAGCUUCAGAGACUCGCCGCCGACCGACGGUACGACCCUACCAACAACCCAUCGCCCAGAGCGGUGUUGUCGGGUCGCCGUCCAGCAAGCGUACGAUCUUCAUCCAGACCGAGAAUACCCCCAAUCCCGAUGCUUUAAAAUUCAUCCCCAACCACCGCGUCCUCCCCGAGGACUUCCCGACCUCCUUCCUCGAAUACCUUUCCCCCCGCGCCACCCUCGCAGCUCCGUACCCUUCUCCCCUCGCCGCCAAGCUGCUUGAUUCAGAAGGCGUCACAUCGGUCUUCUACGGGCCGGAAUUCAUCACUGUGACCAAGGCCAGCGAUGCGAACUGGGCCCACAUCAAGCCCGAGGUGUUCAGCCUCAUCACACAGGCUGUGACCUCGGGCGAGACCAUCGUCAAUGUUGUGGAGGGCUCCUCCGCUGACGGCGCCGAAGGUGGUGGCGAGGACUCUCUCGUCUAUAACGAAGAUGAUGACGAGGUAGUUGGCAUGAUCAAGGAGCUUCUGGAAACGCGCAUUCGUCCGGCUAUCCAGGAGGAUGGUGGAGAUAUCGAGCUGAGGGGCUUCGAGGAUGGUAUCGUUAUGCUGAAGCUGCGUGGUGCUUGCCGUACCUGCGAUUCCAGCACGGUCACCCUCAAGAAUGGUAUUGAGUCGAUGUUGAUGCACUAUAUCGAAGAGGUCAAGGGUGUUGAGCAGGUCAUGGAUGAGGAAGAGGUGGUCUCGAUGCACGAGUUUGCCCGGUUUGAGGAGAAGCUGCGCCAGCAGAAGGGUGCUGCAGCUACUGCCGGUGCCCCGCUGGACAGUGCGCCGUGA